UGCUCCCUUACCUGUAUUUUCGUGAGAGUCAUCCAUGAACCCUCCCUGCCUAGCAACACUUUGCCCUUCCUGUUUGAGCAGAGGAGGGAUAAUUGGGGGCAGUCCAAAGUGCCAUCCCCGGGUUAUCUCCUGGAGCUUUGGGAAUCGGGAUUACUCAAGGGAGAUCCAAGAGCCGCCAGUCCUGACCUCCCCAGAAGACACACAAGAGCUCUGCUGUGUGACCUUCGGCUUUUGCCCGAAGCAAAGCAGCCCUGAGCCCGGAAUGGCACACCUGAGCCUGGCCAGGUGGCUCUUACUCGCUCUGCAGAGGCAGCGAUUGCCACGCCCUUUUAGAAGCAGACUCCGCCUGCCCUUGGCCAGCGCUCUUCCAGGACAAAGGUGCCACAAACUGCAGGACUCUCUGCUAAGCUCUGCCAGCGGCUACAGCAACUACCGGGGCAUCUUGAACUGGUGUGUUGUCAUGCUGGUCCUGAGCAAUGCCCGCCUUUUCCUGGAGAACCUCAUCAAGUAUGGCAUUUUGGUGGACCCCAUCCAGGUCGUCUCCUUGUUCCUCAAGGAUCCCUACAGCUGGCCAGCUCCAUGCCUUAUUAUUGCGGCCAACGUGUUUGCCCUGGUAGCUCUGCACAUAGAGAAGAAGCUGGCAGUGGGCUCCUUAUCUGAGCGCAGUGGGACUAUCCUGCACACCCUCAACCUCCUGACAGUCCUGUGCUUUCCUGUUCCUGUGGUGCUGGCAGUCACCUCCAUCACACCAGUUGGGGCCUUUUGGGCUCUCUUGGUGUACACCCUCCUCUUUCUCAAGCUCUUCUCCUUCAAGGAUCUCAACAAGUGGUGCCGUGAGAAGAGGCCAGCGAAAGCCGCCAAAGUGCGCACAGCUUCGGGACCACAGAAAGCCAAUGGGAAUGCAAUUCCAAGAGAGGUGAUGUAUCCAGACAACCUGACUUAUAGAGAUCUGUACUACUUCUUGCUGGCCCCCACUCUGUGCUACGAGCUGAAUUUCCCUCGUUCCCCACGGAUCCGCAAGCGCUUUCUUCUGCGGAGGUUCUUUGAGAUGCUCUUCCUUCUGCAGCUGCUGGUGGGGCUGAUUCAGCAGUGGAUGGUUCCCACAAUUCAGAACUCCAUGAAACCUUUUCGGGACAUGGACUAUUCCAGGAUCAUUGAGCGUCUCCUGAAGUUAGCUGUUCCCAAUCACAUGAUCUGGCUCAUCUUCUUCUACUGGCUCUUCCACUCCAGCCUGAACUUUUUAGCUGAGAUCUUGCAGUUUGGGGACCGAGAGUUUUACCGGGACUGGUGGAACUCAGAGUCGGUGACCUAUUUCUGGCAGAACUGGAACAUCCCAGUCCACAAAUGGUGCCUGAGGCAUUUCUACAAGCCCAUGAUGAAGAGGGGAGUUGGGAAGUGGACAGCUCAGAUGGCUGUGUUCUUUGCUUCUGCUUUCUUCCAUGAGUACCUGGUGAGUGUGCCCUUGAAGAUGUUCCGGCUGUGGGCGUUCAUGGGCAUGAUGGCACAGAUCCCCUUGGCCUUGUUUGUGAGUCGGUUUCUCCAGGGCAACUAUGGAAAUGCGGCUGUGUGGAUAUCCUUGAUCAUUGGUCAGCCAAUCGCUGUCCUCAUGUAUGUCCAUGACUACUACGUGCUGAAUUAUGAACGAAGCCAGUGACUCUGUUGGCCAGCAGAGGCUCGCCUCUUCUGUCCUGCCUCCUCCUGAGGAUCAGCAGGAUGCCUGGCCAUGGCAAACCGCUUCCCCCCCCGGCCUUUCUGCUGCCUUUUGGGAGCUCCAGAAUCCACCAGCACACCAGCACAGAGAUGCUCAUUUUGCUCGGGGGGAGUUGCCUCGCGUGUGUUACCUUGUCUGUGUGUGUGUAACAGUUGCUUAUAAGGUACUCUUGAGUGUGAAUAUUGGAUCGAUGCAAUAACCUUCCUGGUGCCCCAAAGUUUUUAGCUGGUCCUCUGGCAGGAUUGAUACUGAAGAAGUUGCCUUCCAUCCGUGCAAUAGAAAUGAGGACUGAUACCAACUGUGCCUGGAAGGGCAGAGGCUGCGGUCCUUCAGAGGAAAGCCGGGCCAAAUGGUCCUUGAAUGGGUAGGCGAUAGGCUGCCUCCCUGGCACUUUAAAGGGCUCGGGUUCGCUUGGGGCUUUCGCCAGUCCCAUCAGUGGAGGAGAGCAGCCCUCCCCCCACUGUCUGGUCCCCGGCCCUCUUUUGGUAAGCCGUCUGUCGCGGGCCUGGGGCUCCGGGGCUCAUCCAGGCACUGCCUUUCGUGAUCUGGGGAGCAGGGCUCCUCUCUGACUUGCUGUUGUUUAAGGGUUGCCUCAGUUCUCUGUGCUUCUCGCUGUGGUCUCAGCAGCCCAGCAGCCCCUUUCAUAGCUGUCCCAGCUCCCUGGGACCCUGUCCAGUAUGAUGGCAGGAGCAGUUGCUGCUGUCUGAUUUUCCGUCUAGGGUGACUUUGGGUGUGCCAUGGCCCAGCUGUGUUUUGGCAACUCAGCGACUUUUUAGAGUUCGCAGAAUGUAUCUGCCCAGUACCAAGUGAUUAAAGCAUAUUUUCAAAA